GAGAAAACGAUAAAGCAAUUCACAACUGAUAACAACAAAACAUAAGUUUAUUUUCUCACCAGUUAUUAUUUAUAUGUAAUAUACUAAUGCACAAGUUGCAUUUCACAAAAGGAACUGCUUUAAAAUGCUAUCUAUCUGUACUUUAGUGCUCUUUGCUAUCAUUUAUGGAGCCUCUGGACAAACAUUCACGCUCCAUAACGAUUCCAUAAGCCUUUCUCAAGGUCAUAAAGGUAUUGUACAACUCCUUAAUGCCGGAAAAAUAUUGCCAUUAAUUCAAAGUAUUACAGAAGCAGAUGCUGUAAAUAUUUGUCAUUCCAAAGGAUACUUCCAUGGAAGUCUUCUGAAUGAUGAAAUCUUGCUUAAAAUUGACAAAAAUAUCACUACAUGCAGUCAUAAGCUCGUAUGCACAAAAUGGAAUCCGGUUACAUGCACCUACCAACAGCGAGCCUGUAAUGACACCCGUUUUGCUCUAGUGAGAUGUGUAAACGAAAUAUAUCGAAUGGAUGGUGGAGGCAAAGAUCAUGGAGAAUUACAAGUGAAAAUGUCUGGGAGAUGGGGAAGAGUAUGUUCCCGUUAUUUUGAUCAACAUGCAGCACGACUUGCCUGCCGUGCAGUUGGCUAUGAAGAAGGCGUAUUGUCAAAAGAAGCAUAUAAAACAACUGUAAGUCAGAAUUGGCUUGGUGAUAUGAAGUGUCCUCAAACUGCAAAACAUAUCCAGGACUGCUCAAGUGUUAUCAGAACUACCUGUUACAAGAAAAUUGGUAUCAGAUGUUUUAACUUAAAAGUUAGGCUGACUUCAGGCUCUCUACCUCAUAAGGGGACUGUGGAAGUAUUAUUUAAUGGACAAUGGGGAGGCAUUUGUUAUACAAAUGAUGCCAACAUUGGAACUGUUCUGGCUCGAAUGAUGGGUUACACAAAAGGUACAAUAUAUCCAGUAAACCCAACACUUCCGCUUCUGAAACAUUCAAAGUGUAAUGGAAACGAACCUUCACUGGGUGGGUGUCCAAGCUUGGUUUGGAGCACAACUUGUGCACCAAACAAAAUCAUUGGUAUAACUCUUUCCAAAGAUAUCCGAUUGGUUAGCCACACUCGCAGUCGUGGUAGAGUAGAGAUCUUACACAACAAAAUAUGGGGUGGAAUAUGUGCCGACCAGUGGACUGAUCAGAACGCGCAGGUCACGUGCAGCUCAUUAGGAUUCUUGAAAGGAAAAGUACUCCGUGGAGAGCAUCAUCGUUCAGGAAAAGUGCAUUUGUCUAAUAUAAAAUGUACCACCAAUGAUGCGUAUCUUCUCAACUGUAGUCAUGAUGCGUGGGGUUUCCAUGGCUGUCCUUCCACUGAAAGAGCCGCUGUUGAGUGCUAUAGACAUGAUCUACGAUUAAAAGACGGAUCUAAUUCAAAGGAAGGAAGAGUAGAAAUUAUGAAAAAUGGUGUUUGGGGCACCGUAUGCGAUAGCGACUGGGACAAUGAAGAUGCUUCUGUACUUUGCCGUGAUCUUGGCUACGCUCAAGGUACUGCUUAUAACGGCUGGAAAUUCGGUCCCGGACAAGGCCCAAUCUUUCAUCAGAAUGUCGACUGUAUAGGAGACGAAUUCAGUUUUGAGCAAUGCUUUCUCCCUGAAUGGUCAGAUAACAUGAGAUGCGACCAUAGUCGUGAUGCUGGCGUUGCUUGUUUCAAUGAGAAGGUUAGAUUGAAUUACGGAGAGCUAGAGAAUGAAGGCCAAGUGGAGGUGUCUCUUGGAAGUGGAUGGGGCAGUGUAUGCAGUGAUUACUGGGACAAUGAAAAUGCCCACGUGCUCUGCCGGAUGUUGGGCUACGAGACCGGACUGAGUUACCAGGACAACCACCGACAAGUUCCGACUUUGCCUGUUAUCUUGAAUGCUGUCAAUUGUUCCGGUGAUGAAAGAUCAAUUUUUGAUUGUCCGGCCUUUCCAAGUAGACAGUGUAUCCACACUGGAGCAUGGGUGAGGUGCUCCAGAGUGAAAGUAACUGACGAAUAUUUACCUGACCGAAGAAUCACUGUUCAUCACGAUGGAAUGAUUGGAACAAUAUGUCCUAAUGUAACUUGGUCUGACAAAGACGCCUCCGUCGUGUGUCGUAUGAGAGGUUUCAUGCAUGGUUUUGCACUUAGCAAACCAGACACCACGACCUACCCCGUAGGACUGGCAGAUUUAUCAUGUACCGGAAAAGAAAUGUCACUAGACGAGUGUAGUUAUACCGACGAAAGCCGUUCAAGAUGUAAAAUCAGCUCCAAUAUCAAUGUACACUGCUCUAACAUUGAAGUACGUAUUGAUGGUAAUUCAAAAAAUGCAACAGUUGGACUUGUGCAAGUUUUAUAUAAUGGAAUCUGGGGUACAGUCUGCAAGAAAGGAUGGAAUGAUGAAGGUGCACAGGUGGUUUGCAGAUCAAUGGGUUACAAAACUGGCCAAAUGGUCAGUAAAUAUGUGUCUCACGUCCCAGUUCGAAAUACCCACCAGUUUUGGUUAGACAAUAUUGAUUGCACUGGUAACGAGACUGACCUUGCCGAAUGCAAGCAUAGCAACUGGGGCGAUGCUUAUUGCGACCAGGAGAACUGUGCAGCUGCCUGGUGUUCUGAUUAUGUCGGUAUUCGACUGAAAGACGGACGAUCAAAACAGGAAGGACGUGUAGAAAUUUUGCAUAAUAGAAUAUGGGGCAGUGUAUGCGAUGACAGCUGGGAUGACAACGAUGCUACUGUUGUAUGUAGAAUGUUGGGAUACAGUUAUGGAAAAGCAACGGUAGAGAGUAAACACGGUUUCACGCGUGGGCAAAUAUGGUUGGACGAUGUAGGUUGUGAUGGAAGAGAAUUUUCUUUGGAAAGCUGCAGCCAUUUAGAAUGGGGUUGGCACAACUGCAAUCACGAUGAAGAUGCUGGUGUCAUCUGUUCGAACACUCCAGACGCGAUUAUAGGUUAAUAACACCAAUACUUGUACAGAAGACGAAAGCCGGAGCAAAUAUUUACAAGAAUAUAUGGAUUUGAUCACACAAACAUAUGUUAAUGAUUUGUAAAAUGAAAUCCUCAACUUCAUACAGAAUAUUUUCUUUUAAGAUCUCAUUAUAUAAGAACCAAAAAUACUUAAUGAUAAUAAAUAUAGCUAGUGAUAAA